AUGACGAAGAAAAAGACGAAGAAGAAGACGUGGAAGUUUGAAAGGCCUGACUACUGGGGUCUCAUCGUGCGACCAGACUGGGCGAUGUGUGAGCAGGGUAGGAGGCAGUCUCCCAUCAACAUCGACCCUGCGAAGCUGCUCUACGAUCCGCAUCUUCGACCGCUGCACAUAGACAAACACGCAGGACACGGCUUUCUGACAAAUAACGGACAUAACAUGAUCUUCAGGGUCGGCAACACCAGCCACCCGCACAUCAACAUCAGCGGUGGUCCGCUAUCAUAUAAAUACAGAGUUCAGGAGCUGCGCGUUCACUUUGGUAUGAAGGACACGCAUGGGUCGGAACACACCGUUAACGGAAAAGCAUUUCCUCUAGAGGUGCAAAUUGUAGGUUAUAACUCGGAUUUAUACGCAAAUAUGUCUCAAGCUACGCACCUACCUCAAGGACUGGUCGCCAUAUCAUUGUUAGCUCAGGUUGGAAAGACGCGUAAUCAAGAAUUAACCCUUCUCAUCGAAAACAUCACUGAAAUAAUUUAUAAAGACCAAAGAGUGCCAGCUUCUUACGUGUCUGUGAGCGAGAUGCUGCCGGAUACGCAGCAGUACAUAACAUACGAAGGAUCGACUACAACGCCUGGAUGUCAGGAGACGGUCACGUGGAUCAUCAUAAACAAACCCAUUUACGUCACAACACAGCAGCUGAACACGUUGCGGGGGCUUCACCAGGGCACGAUACAACACCCACAGGCGCACCUCGGCAAUAACUACAGACCGCCUCAGCCGCUCCAUCACAGACCAGUCCGCGCCAACAUCGAGUUCAACCUGAAGCAGGGCAGAAAAUGUCCUUCCAUGAAGCCAUUAACAUACUACAAAGAUACGGCGUAUGAGAUGUGA